CGACCACACGCCAUCGCAGCUCACCAAGCCAGACCAAACCAACCUCAGUAGUCAGUAGCUCCGCACUCGCACGAAGAACACGUCCUAGGAAGAGAACAGAGAGAGGGGGGGAUCGAAGAUGAGCGUGGAGAUCCUUGACGGGAGCACGGUCCGGAGCUUCGUGGAGGACGAGGGCGCCUUCAACUCCUCCGUCGACGGCCGCUUCGCCGCGCUGGACGCCGACCGCGACGGCCUGCUCACGUACGCGGAGAUGGCCGGGGAGCUCAUGAGCCUCCGGGUCCUUGAGAAGCACUUCGGCGUGGACGAGGCGGCGGUGCCGGCCGACGAGCUCGCCGCGCUCUACCGCGGCCUGUUCGCGCGGUUCGACAGGGACGGCAGCGGCAAGGUGGACCCCCACGAGUUCCGCGCGGAGAUGAGGGAGGUGCUGCUCGCCGUGGCCAACGGGCUCGGCUUCCUCCCCGUGCAGAUGGUCGUCGAGGAGGGGAGCUUCCUCAAGAUCGCCGUCGACAGGGAGCUCGGCCAGAUCGCCAAGGCUGCGUAAAGCUCGAUCACAUGCUCGCUUGGAGUAGUAUCGAUUACUGAAUUUUCAAGUGUCAUAGUUGCAAUUUUGGCAUCGAUUUACAGUGUUACGACGAACUUAUGUAGUAUGCUUCUUGUCCUUUUCAUUACCUGAAGGGAUAAAUAAAGACACCACACAUGUAAUUGCAAGAGUAACUUAUUGAAAGAGAACUGCUCUGAUUAUUUCUAUGGAUCACUCAUUCAAUGUUCUGUGGA